AUGCUGCAGCUGUGUAAAGUCACCAGCGCUCUGUUCAUCAGUAAUGCUCGCUCAGCCUGCAGUGACGAGCUCAUCCAGCAGGAGGCGGUGACACUCUGCAUCAACGUGUCCAAGCAGCAGCCGUUCCCCUCAUCCUCCGGCGUCACCAAGCUGCAGAUCCCCGUCUACGAUGACCCCAACGAGGACCUUUACAGCCACUUCGACCGCUGCGCCGACGCCAUCCAGAAGGAGGCGAAGCGCGGCGGACACAGCGUGGUCUACUGCAAGAACGGACGCAGCCGCUCGGCCACCGUCUGCAUCGCUUACCUGAUGAAACACCGCAAAAUGACGCUGAUAGAAGCCGUACAGAGAGUGAAGACGGCUCGUCAUGUGAUCGAUCCGAACCCCGGCUUCAUGUCUCAGCUGCAGAGAUACGAGCAGGAGCUGAAGAAGAGACGAGGAGGAGGAGAGGCCAACUGACACUGACUGAGAGUGUUUGAUUUCUUCACCCUCAAGCCUUUUUUUUUCGCCGUCCUCACAGUGUCGAUGAGAAAACAGCUGACAGGUGAACCAACACUGGACUCUCUCCUCUCUGUGCACCUUCACAUCACAGCUCCAGUCAGUUUUCACCUGAACUCUGUUUUCUCAUCUUUUAUUUUAUUUUCUGUGGUAAGAAUAUUAAAAAAAACAGGAUAAACAAACAUAGCA